AUGGCUGCUUCGAAGAGCUCGGCCGAGGAUGUCAGUGUAGAUGCUGCGACGGAGAAGGAGAUGGAUGUUGAAGAUAAUGUGACGUCGGAAGUGAUACAGCAACGGGUGUCAGAGGAGCCGUAUUCGGUGUUUAGCGAGGGAAUGAGGAUAUGGAUUAUUGCUCUUGUUUCCGUAUCCGCUUUGAUAUCGCCGUUUGGUGCCGCCAUGGUGUUUCCCGCACUCAACUUACUGGCCGACGUGUUGGAUAUCACGCCUACGCAGGUCAAUAUCUCGCUGACGACGUACAUGAUUGCCCAAGCCAUAGCCCCAGCCUUCCUCGGUACUCUCUCCGACAACAGCGGACGAAGACUAACAUUCAUAAUCUGCUUCGUAAUCUACUGCAUAGGCAACAUCGGACUCGCCCUGCAAACAAACUACGUCGCCCUCCUCAUCCUCCGAAUGGUUCAAGCAAUCGGCGGCUCCGCAGCCAUAGCCCUGACAAUGGCCGUCGUAGCCGACAUCACCACCUCCGCUGACCGCGGCACCUACAUGGGCUACGCGCAAGCCGGCGUCUUAAUGGGCCCAGCCUUUGGCCCUACAAUCGGCGGUCUCCUCUCCCGCUACCUAGGCUGGCGCGCAAUCUUCUGGUUCCUCGCCAUCUUCUCCGGCACCCUCCUCAUCCUGUUCGUCUUCUUCUUCCCAGAAACCUGUCGUAAAGUCGUAGGAAACGGCUCUAUUCCUCCCCGCGGCGUAAACCGCUCAGUCAUAAGCUGCAUCCAGCAGCGCAAACUCCGCCGUAAAUUCCCCCAGGAAACAACGGCGCCACUGCCUCCGCGCACCAAGACGGCAUGGCCGAACCCAUUAGCUACGAUGAGAAUCCUGGGUGAAAAGGAAUCAGGCAUCAUACUCCUGUACAACGGCCUCUUCUUCACAGGCCUAAUGGUAACCGUAGCGGCGAUCCCCGAUCUCUUUCACGAAGCCUACGGCCUCGACGAACUUGACAUCGGACUCUGCUACAUCUCCAACGGCGUGGCCUCUCUCAUCGCCUCCUUAACCAUGGGCCGCGUCGUCGACUGGAACUUCCGACGCCACGCCCGGAAAAUUGGGCUGGUGAUUAUCCCGGGCAAGCAGCAGGAUCUCAGCAAUUUCCCUAUUGAGCGCGUGCGCAUGGAGGUGUUGCUGCCGAACCACGUAGUCGGCGUGCUAGGUAUUGUCAUGUUUGCGUGGACGCUGCGGUUCAAGACGCAUAUUGCGGGCCCGGAGAUUGCGCUGGGCGUCAUGGGGUUUUGUAUUACGAGUGCGUUUAAUAUUACGAAUGGGUUGUUGAUUGAGUUACAUCGUGAUCAGCCGGCGGCGGCCACGGCGGCGGUGAAUUUUGCGAGGUGUCUAAUGAGUGCGGGUGGGUCGGCGGCCAUUCUGCCAAUGUGUCGCGCGAUGAAUCCCGGGUGGGCGUUUACGCUGAUUGCAUUUAUUUACGUGGCGUUGUUACCGGUGGCACUGUGGGUGAUGAGGGAUGGUAUGAAGUGGCGGCAGGAGUUGGCGGAGAAGAAGAGAGUGCAGGCUGAGAUGCGGGGGAAUGGUGUAUAA